GGAGUGUCUCAGCGGGCAGGACUCAUGGCCUCAACGCUGAGGUUCGACGGGCGGGUGGUACUGGUCACCGGCGCGGGGGGAGGACUGGGCCGAGCCUAUGCCCUGGCUUUUGCAGACAGAGGUGCAUCAGUAGUGGUGAAUGAUUUAGGCGGGGACUUCAAGGGAGUUGGAAAAGGCUCAUUAGCUGCGGAUAAAGUUGUUGAAGAAAUCAGAAGGAGAGGCGGAAAAGCAGUGGCCAACUAUGACUCGGUGGAAGCAGGAGAAAAGGUUGUGAAGACAGCACUGGAUGCUUAUGGAAGAAUAGAUGUUGUGAUCAACAAUGCUGGAAUUCUGAGGGACCGUUCCUUUGGUAGAAUAAGUGAUGAAGACUGGGAUAUGAUACAUAAAGUUCAUUUGCGUGGCUCAUUCCAAGUGACCCGAGCAGCAUGGGAUCACAUGAAGAAACAGAAGUUUGGAAGGAUCAUUAUGACUUCAUCGGCUUCAGGAAUAUAUGGCAACUUUGGCCAGGCAAAUUAUAGUGCAGCAAAGCUGGGUCUCCUAGGCCUUGCAAAUACCCUUGCAAUUGAAGGCGCUAAAAGUAAUAUUCACUGCAACACUAUUGCUCCUACUGCUGGAUCACGAAUGACCCAGAGUGUUAUGCCUCAAGAUCUUCUGGAAGCUCUGAAGCCAGACUAUGUGGCACCUCUGGUUCUUUGGCUUUGCCACGAGAGUUGUGAUGAGAAUGGUGGUUUGUUUGAGGUUGGAGCAGGAUGGAUUGGAAAAUUACGCUGGGAGCGGACCCUUGGAGCCAUUGUAAGACAGAAGAAUCAGCCAAUGACACCUGAGGCAGUCAAGGCUAACUGGAAGAAAAUCUGUGACUUUGACAAUGCCAGCAAGCCUCAGACAAUUCAAGGUAAAAAAUCCAAGUCAAUGCAACCCAAGGCAAAAAGGAUUCUGUCAUGGAAUUGCCUUCUGUAGACACCCCAGUCAUUUAUAACUAGCGCUAUUGGCCAUAAACUUCCUCCAUUUUCCUCUACUUACACGGACCUGGAAGCUAUUAUGUAUGCCCUUGGAGUGGGAGCGUCGGUGAAGGAGCCAAAAGAUUUGAAGUUUAUUUAUGAAGGAAGUCCUGACUUUGCUUGUUUGCCUACUUUUGGAGUUAUCAUAGCUCAAAAAUCGAUAAUGGGUGGAGGAAUGGCAGAGAUUCCUGGGCUUUCGAUCAAUUUUGCAAAGGUUCUUCAUGGGGAACAAUACUUGGAGUUAUAUAAGCCGCUUCCCAGAGAUGGAAAAUUAAGAUGUGAAGCAGUUGUUGCUGAUAUCCUAGAUAAAGGAUCUGGUUCAGUAAUUCUCAUGGAUGUUUAUGCAUACUCUGGGAAGGAACUUGUAUGUUAUAAUCAGUUCUCUCUCUUCCUUGUUGGCUCUGGUGGCUUUGGCGGAAAACGGACAUCAGACAAAGUCAAGGUAGCUGUAGCCAUACCUAAUAGACCUCCUGAUGCUGUACUUACAGACACCACCUCACCUAAUCAGGCUGCUUUGUAUCGCCUUAGUGGAGACUGGAAUCCCUUGCACAUUGAUCCUAACUUUGCUGGCUUAGCAGGUUUUGACAAGCCCAUAUUACAUGGACUGUGCACGUUUGGGUUUUCUGCCAGGCAUGUUUUGCAGCAGUUUGCAGAUAAUGAUGUGUCGAGAUUCAAGGCAAUUAAGGCUCGUUUUGCUAAACCAGUAUAUCCAGGACAAACUCUACAAACUGAGAUGUGGAAGGAAGGAAAUAGAAUUCAUUUUCAAACCAAGAUCCAAGGAACUGGAGACAUUGUCAUUUCUAAUGCUUAUGUGGAUCUUGUGCCGACAACUGAUAAGUUAGCUAAAACACCCUCUCAGGGUGGGGAGCUUCAGAGUACCCUGGUAUUUGGGGAAAUAGGCCGCCGUCUCAAGGAUGUCGGGCAGGAGGUGGCGAAGAAAGUCAAUGCAGUGUUUGAGUGGCAUAUCACAAAGGGUGGCAACAUUGCAUCUAAGUGGACUAUUGAUCUGAAAACUGGUCCUGGACAAGUAUAUCAAGGCCCUGCAAAAGGCUCUGCUGAUGUGACAUUCAUACUUUCAGAUGAAGAUUUCAUGGAGGUAGUCCUGGGAAAGCUUGACCCUCAAAAGGCAUUCUUCAGUGGCAGACUGAAGGCCAGAGGGAACAUUAUGCUAAGCCAGAAGCUCCAGAUGAUUCUUAAAGACUAUGCCAAGCUCUGAAGGAUGCCCUACAUUAUUAAUGAAAAUAGAAAAAUUAAAUGCUCUCUUCUUCCAAAUAUGCAGAAGUGAUUCAGAAGAAGUGAUCAAACAAAGAUAACAAGACAAAUUGCUUAACAUUUUCAGAUUUCAGAUAACUUUUCAGAUUUUCAUUUUCUACUAAUUUUUCAUGUUACCAUUAUUUUUACAAGGAACUAUAAGCUAGCAUGUAACUAUCCUUCUGUUCUUAGAUCUAUAUCUUGGUAAUAAAAAAAAAAAAUUCACCCAAUACCAGUCUUUUCAGAAUUUGUGAUAGCUUUUGUAAGUUGAAAGCAAAAUUAAAAAGAGAGCAAGGGCUACUUUAAUGCUUCUAAACUCUCUAUUUUGUUAUUUUCUGUUCUCUAUUGAUAUCCACAUCUUAAUAUGAAUCUUUAUGUAUGUACUCACUUUUCAUGCUUUGCUAUAAAAGAUAGUAUUCUGCUUUAAGAUGAGAGACAAGCCUUUGUGUUCUCAGAUUUCUUCUUCCUUUUGCUGGAAAUUCAUAUAAUGUUCGUAAAUGCACAAAAUAUAUAAUUCUCUGGUUUAAUCAGUAAUCUUAAUUAUAAAGAUGGGGUCUAACAAGUACUGUCAUGUUACUGUUUUGCUCAACAUCUAGCUUGGAUGACAUGUGGACAUGUGCUGAGGAACUCCUAUUCUGACGAGUUGACUGCAGAGGUGACCAGCAAGAGGAGUAUUCAGGUCAGGGAUGGAGUAAAUUUCAGUUGUGGAGCACAGUUGAAGAAAGCAUGUAUAGGAGUAUGGUAUAGGUUGAGUUUCCUGGAAAAGGGACUUUUACAGAAAGAUUCCUAUAUAGGAGAUUUAUUAGGGAAUGCUCUUGGGAUAAGCAGUUUUGGGCUGGGGCUGAAGAAUGUUGGGAAGACAACAUUUGGAUGGCUUUUCCGAAUUCUCUUGAGCUAACUAACCAUUGAUUAAGGCCAUGACCUUGGCCAAAGCAGCAGAGCAGUUUAGAGGAGCGCUACAGUCAGUGAAAAAUCUUCCCAGCAGCUGAGGGACUAUCUUCAGUACUAAUCUGGCUUCGGGGAGCACAGCACAGCACUUUGUUUCAGGGGACAAGGUUGAGGGAACCAGAGUUUAGGGAUCAAGUAGGUCUUAGAAUUUUUGAAGUUUAAUAUUAAAUACAAUGACAGAACAUGAAUGAACAGGAUAUAUAGAAAGCAUAGAAGAAAAGUUUCAUACUUAGCAAAAUAUACCUUAGUAACAUGAGCUCAGUGAUAGCAUAAUAUUUAAUUUAGAGACAUCCAUUGUGAUGCCAAUUAAAUUAAGACAAGUCAGUGGCAGGCUUAUAAUAUUGCUCUUUUGUAAUAACUAUUGUUCCUGUUGAGCUGAGAGAAACUUAGUGUCCUUCCAGGUAGAAAUAGAAAUAGCAUAUUAAAAUUAAUCAAGUGACAGCACACAUUAAUGAAAAUGUUGAAUAUAGACCUCCAAUGCUUAAAGUAUUAAGAAUGUAACGAUUUAAUUAUCUUAUGAACUCAUCUCUAUUAAAGGCCAGGGAGUUAUUGGCAUUUAGAUUUAGUGGCUUCUUAAUAGUCUUCAUGCUUUAACCUUUCUGUAAUAAUUAAUAUGGUUGAAUGCACUGUUCUCAAAUACUUUGUUCCCUUUUACCAAUGAAAAAUAUAUUAACUUCUUAAACUUAAGGGUUAAUCUCCCUGACUUCUACUUGUCUCUAUUAUAAUUUCCUGUUUGCCUAUCUUUACAGGAUUUUUGAUCAAAGUUUCAGCCUUUUCUACUUUUUGGUAGACAUUUUCUUCCGCGAUGAUUUCAUCUACUGUCAUAUCUUCAGCCAUCAUCUGAGUGCUGGUAACUCUGAAUGUGUUUGCUUAGUCCUCAUUGCUCUCUAAUUCUAUAGUCGUCCUUGCAGUUCCAAAUCAUUACUGAGCGGUUGCAUGUCCCAGAUAUAAUCAGGUACAGAAACUUAGAGCAUUGGGGAAGCCAGAUUGUGAGUGCCCAGCCCAAAGAGCUUUUAGAUCUCCUGACUUGAGCGUUUUCAUCUCAACAUUUGGUGUAUCCUAGGUUUUCCAGGUAUAUCAUCUGUGUGACGCUGAUCUUAUCCAGGACUCUUGAUUUUCUUUUUUUAAAAAA